AAAACCCUAAUCUCGAAAACUUAGAUGAAGAAGCUAAAAAGUUAACUUUUUUUUUUUGCAGCGUGUGUCACUUUCAGGGUUCGUUUAUGUGUUUGUUUCCACUGUUGUUACUGUUUUGGUUCAUGAACUGGGACAUGCUCUUGCAGCUGCAAGUGAAGGGAUACAGAUGGAGUACAUUGCUGUUUUCGUCGCGGCUGUUUUUCCGGGAGGUCUUGUAGCUUUUGAUCAUGAUCUGUUGCAGUCACUUCCGAGCUUUAAUGCUCUUCGUGUUUACUGUGCUGGUAUUUGGCAUAACGCUGUGUUCUGUGCACUCUGCGCGUUCGGGUUGUUUCUCUUGCCUGUGUUGCUGUCUCCGUUCUACAAGCACGGCGAAAGCCUUGUGGUUGUGGAUGUGCCUUCUAAGUCUCCGUUGUUUGGUUACUUGUCUCCUGGUGAUACUAUCGUGUCCUUGGAUGGGAUACGGGUUUAUAAACCUAGCGAGUGGAUUGAACUGUCAGCGAUUUUGGAUAAGCAGAACACUGAGACGUCGAAUGCUUCCUUGAAUAGUCUUGGAGGCUCGAGGAGGUUUCAUCAUGGGAAGGGUUACUGUGUCCCUGUCUCUCUGAUGGAAGUAGGGUUUAAGGGGAAGAUGGUUGAGAACCGAUAUGUUUGUCCUGGUGAUCUCACUCCGUUUUCAACUAUGCCGUGCGUAAAUAUAGCAGCUCCAAGAGAGGUUUCGGUUUGUUUGGAUGCAAAGGAUAUUGUCAAGCUUAACAAAUGUGGUGAUGGGUGGGUGACAACGUCAGAGACCGAUGAUAAAAGUAGCUGUGUGUGUCCCCAGGGGGAGAUGUGUUUACAAGCAAUGCAAUCUCCAGGCGUAUCAUGGACAGAGAUCACUUAUAAAAGAACCUCGUCUCAGGAUUGUUCUAGAGUUGGUCCGGAUUUCAAUACCUCGAGUUGUGUCGGGACGUUUGUGUUUGUCGGUGAUCUGAUCGCCAUGUCACUCUCGGUUCAGUUAACUGCGUACCAACCUCGUUGGAUAUCUAACUUAUUAGUCAAAUCCUUCCCGGAUGUCAUAGAAAGAAGCUUGAACUGCACGUUUCACGUCUCUCUCGCACUAGUUCUUCUCAACAGCUUACCUGUGUAUUACCUUGAUGGUGAAUCCAUUUUGGAGUCCAGUCUCCAGUAUUUCACAUGGUUAAGUCCAAGGAAGAAGAAGAAAGCUCUUCAAGUAUGUCUUUUUGGAGGGAGUCUCCUCACACUCCUCGCCUUCUUCAGAAUCUUCUUCGUCGGUUUACCUCCGAGUCGAUAGUAAAUGCCGGCGAAUCUUGAUUCCCAAAUGAUUACGACAUCUUUGCUCUUGUGAUUCGUGGCUAAGAGGAGCUCGAGCGCCUUGAACAUAUGAAGUUGAUGCAACUACACUCAGAUUCGCCGCUUACAGAAGAAGAACACGAAUCAUGGAAAACUAUGGUUCAUGUUGAGAAUGUUCAUGUUUGAUCUCAUUCACUGUAGAUAACUAGAUAUUGUUGCAUAGAAACACACCUCUUAUUUAUGGGUUAACAACCCUUGAUGCAUCGAAUUUGUCAUCAAACUGAUAUGAGUAUAAAUCAAAUGAGUUGCUCAGAAGAUUUUCUU